AGAGAGAGAGAGAGAGAGAGAGAGAGAGAGAGAGAGAGAGAGAGAGAGAGAGAAUGAGAGAAGAGAGAGAGAGCAGGAGAGACGUACUCGAUCUCCUCGAAGCGAGAGACGACAGAGGAAGCAAGUCCCACCCGCGUUCAGGAGAGCAAUACACACUCCAAAGCACAGACCAGAAAAGAAAGUGGAAAAGAAAACGAAAAACGAAAAGAAGAUAUUAAAAAAAGAGAAAAGAACAACUUAAAAAACAACAACAUACGAACACUUCAUCAUUAACCCCCUAAAAAAAAGAAAAAAAAAUAGUCAAAGUGUAAAAAAAAAAGUGUAAAAAAAAAUGAAGAAGUAGGGAGGUCACCAAUGCUGUGGCUGCUCAGUCGUGUGAGAGACGCCAGACGAUCACCAGGCCGCACGCCGCUGCACCGUCUGCCCACGAGACUGAAGGAGCUCCUGUAGGUGGCCUUACGCCUCCGGCAGACACGAGAGGUGCUCAAGACGCAAGUCCUGUGCUAAGUGCAGUGCUAUUGUGGAAUUGUGUUUCUCUGUUGACUCCAUUGGGAUUCGCAUCGACUUGUGUUUAGGAUGCCGAACAGACUGAGUAGGAGCGUGAGAGCAUGGGUUAGGACAUGCUCCUUUCCCUUGUUGCAUCUCCUGCUGGUGCUACUGCCGACGCCCUCCUCCUGUGCGCCGCGGCCUGACGACAACUCCUCACAGGACAGUAAUUCGGUGGAUAUGCUUGUCAUCUCUCCGCAACCUGUGGCGGUCCCCAGUAUAGUUUUAUUUGCAGGUGGUUCGUCCAGCGGUGAGGUUAACUAUUACAUCCCUGUUAUAAUGGCCGAGAUGGCAGCGCCUGUGUCCACAAGAGAACCCUCCAUCAUCCGGGUAUCGUCAUGCCGCCAAGGUUUCGGCCAAGACCCUGCCGGGAACUGUCGCCAAGCAUUCACUCCGAUGCCGUACCUCCCCUCCUCCCGGCCCGACAGAAACGUGAACGUGCAGAGCAUCAUCUCCCGCGUCCGUGCCCCGCCGAGGCCCCGCGUGGUGCCCCAGACCCAGAGGGACCUCGUGCGCCAGUUCAACACCUCCCGACGACGCCCUUCGUGGUUCGGCCGCAGCAUCGACGCCCCCGAGGGAAACAGCAGCGACGGCCUUGUCACCGACCUGGCUUCCGGUGUCCCUCUUUCAGAUCCUUUAGCGGGAGGCGGUGGGGGAGGAGGACCUAUGCCUCCGUCAGCGCCCUCCGCCUCCACCACCACCGAGAAACCGAAGACCACGACGCCCGAUCACGAUGACUGAUGAGGACGAUGAGGAUAAGGGGGUAUCUGGGGGUAAUGGAUAUUAAGGCAUUGGAGGUGUCAGUUGCCGUAAUGGUACCCGGUUUUAAUGCAGAAGGGCAUUGGUGCAUUAGAGGCUAUGGAAAGUCCUAAAGAUACCCGAUAUACAGGUUUACUGUUGGUAUCGUAAGCCUACUUGACAGACAGAGACAUCAUGAAGAUAUCAGGGUAUUGGACAUCGAGGUAUUGGGUAUCGGGUAUUACGGGCAUCGAAGGCCAUUAAGUACCCGAUAGACACUAGAAAAAAAAAAGAAUAGAAAAAAGUAAGCCUUUAAGUCAGUCUAAAUUAUUUAUGGUUCUCGUUCUUUAAAAAAGUGAAUAAUUCGUUUUCAUUUUUUUGUCUUACCUGAAAGUACGUAAAGUGAAGGAAAAAAAAUAUAUAUUUCUCUAAUCUUUAUCGCUCUGUCGGGAAGUGUGUGUGUGUGUG